AUGUCGAGCCACGCGGAAUCCGCCGUGCGUCCUGAACCCGACCAGGUUCUGCAGGACAUUGCAGAUUACGUGCACAAUUAUCAAAUAGACUCGGAAGUUGCAUGGGAGACGGCUAGGCUCUGCCUAAUUGACACAAUUGGUUGUGGACUGGAGGGCCUCAGAUUUGAGGCCUGCGCUCGACUGCUCGGCCCUGUCGUGGAGGGUACCGUUGUCCCGAAUGGCACGAGGGUACCGGGAACAAAUUACCAACUCGACCCUAUCCGCGGUGCCUUCAAUAUCGGCACCCAGAUUCGCUGGCUUGACUUCAAUGACUGUUUCCUGGCUGCAGAAUGGGGUCAUCCAUCCGAUAACCUCGGCGCUAUCCUCGCCGUAGCGGACCAUUUGGCUCGCAAGGGGCAGCCCCUCGUCGUGAGGGACAUCCUCGAGUCUAUGAUCAAGGCACAUGAAAUCCAGGGUGGACUUGCCCUUUUGAAUUCGUUCAACCGAGUCGGCCUUGACCACGUUGUUCUGGUAAAGGUAGCUAGCACCGCGGUAGUGUCCAAGCUACUUGGCCUCGACCGCGCACAGACUAUCGACGCGAUCUCGCAGGCUUGGGCGGACGGCCAGUCAUUGCGCACCUACAGGCAUGCCCCAAACACGCAGUCCCGCAAGUCCUGGGCGGCUGGUGAUGCUUGCGCGCGUGCUGUCAACAUAGCGUACCUUGUCAAGCAGGGUGAGAAGGGCAUGCCCUCGGUUCUCACUGCUAAGACGUGGGGUUUCUACGAUGUCUUGUUUAAGGGGAAGCCAUUCGAGUUCCAGAUGUCUUACCAGUCUUACAUCAUGGAAAACGUCCUGUUCAAGAUUUCAUACCCCGCUGAGUUCCACGCACAGACCGCAGUUGAGGCUGCCCACAUUCUCCACGACAAGCUGAAGGCCAUCGGUAGGACUAGUGACGACAUCAAGAGCAUCCGAAUCCGCACUCAGGAAGCCGCGAUGCGGAUCAUCAACAAGCGUGGUCCGUUGGACAACUUCGCUGAUCGAGACCACGACAUCAACUACAUGGUCGCAUUCCCGCUUAUUUUCGGUAAGCUCACCUCUGAGUCUUACGUCGACACCGCGGCCGCGGAUACCCGGAUCGACGCUCUCCGUGCGAAGAUCACCUGUGUGGAAGAGAAGAGAUACAGUGUAGACUAUCACGAUCCGGCUAAGCGUUCUAUUUCGAACGCCCUACUCGUCGAGCUCAACGACGGCACCGUGCUUGACGAGGUCGAGGUGGAGUACCCCGUGGGUCACAAGCGGCGGAGGGCGGAAGGAACCCCCCUGUUGAUGCAGAAGUUCAAGAACCAUAUUGGGCCUCACUAUGAUCAGGCUCAUCAGAAGAAAAUCCUGGAGACUGUCAGCGAUGCAUCGACCCUGAUGAGUGUGCCAGUCGAUAAAUUCACUGAUCUCUUCGUCAAGCAAUAA